UCAGAAAAUCUUAAAAACAGCAAGGAGUGCUUAGGAGUAAGUAUCUACCAGCAGUGGACUGAGGAGGAACAAAUUAUGAAUUUACAACUGAGGCUACAUCGUCUGGUACAAAAAAACCUAAAAGGCUACAAUGGCUGUGUAUUUGUGAGAGCAUGAUGACUUUGUGUGUGUGUGUGUGUGUGUGUGUGUGUGUGUGUGUGUGUGUGUGUGUGUGUGUGUGUGUGAUAUGUGUUCUCAGUAGGUGGUGCAGAUUCCUCGCAGAAGAAGAAACACACUCGGAACCACUUUGAAUGGAACCUCCUCCCUUUCUCUGCUAUUUAUGUUACACGGGUUUGAUUUUGGAUGAAGUAAUUCAGCUUUAAAUCGCGUUUAGAAACGGAUUAAAAAUGCGUGACCGGACUAAAGAACUGGCAAAUCCUGCAGACAGCUUAGAUGAUGAGAACGAGGAAGGCACAGUGCUCCUGGUCACACCAGGCACAGGGGCCUUGGAGAGGGAUGCCAAGGAAAAUGAGGUUUUCUUUAAGAAGGUCCAAGAGAUUCGAGAGGGGUUUAAAACUCUUCAGAGGAAAGUGUCUGAGUUAGAGAGCAAGCAGAAAACAGUUUUAGGGGUUGCACUUCCAGAAGACAGUAUGAAAAAGGAACUUCAAACUAUUAGAGAUGAGAUUAAAGUAUUAGCUACCCAGAUCCAGAAGAAACUAAAGAGUCUUGAACCCAAGAAAACAGAUGACGAUGGAGGUUAUGUUUCAAUAAACUUACGAAUGCAGAAAACGCAGCAUGCUGUCUUGUCCCGAAACUUUAUUGAGUUGAUGAGCCACUGUAACACAAUUCAGGUCCAAUACAGAGACAGAAAUGUAGAGAGGAUACAGAGGCAACUCAAAAUCACUGGAAAUAAUGUGACGGAUGACCAGCUAGAGGCAAUGCUUGAGAGUGGACAGACAGAUGUGUUCACACAGAAUAUUUUGGCGGAUGCUCAAGCUACCAAGCAAGCGCUAAAUGAGAUCGAGUCCCGACAUGAUGAGAUUGUCAAACUGGAGAAAAGCAUUAGAGACCUUCAUGACAUGUUUCAGUAUCUUGCCAUGGAAGUAGAGGCACAGGGGGAAAUGGUUGAUCGUAUUGAAAACAACAUAAUUAAUUCUACUAACUAUGUAAAAAAGGCUGCUGAUGACACUGGUGCAGCUGUUACCCAUCAAACAAAGGCCCGGAAGAAAAAAAUAUUUAUUGCAAUAUGCGUUGCAGUUUUACUUCUGAUAUUGAUCAUUUCCCUGGCCAUUGCUUUCGGCAGCUGAGUGGUUUCCUUCUGUUGUUGGUUUUCUUGCAUUUCAAACGAAUCUGCUGAAACAAGGACUUUUUGUACCUGCAUCCUCAUGUAUCCAUAGUUUGUUUAGCUUUUCCCGAUCUUGUUCCCAUUUUGUGCCGUUAUCAGAACUCCUGUCAGUGUUAUUUCUUUUCUGUUUAUUAAACCAUAGUUAAGCAUUAGGGUUUUUUUUAACUUUAACUGUGCUGCACUAUACUAAAUUAGGAUCAUAAGAUAACUAGUGCCUUUGAAAUAUUACUGCUGAAUAAAUGAAAAAAGUUCUCAGGACACCCCAAAUAAUGAAUUCUUUAUAUACAUAUAAAUUUUAAAAAUAUUAUAAUGAAAUUAUUAACUGAGAAGAGCUUAAAAUCUGAGCUGUUUUACAUUUUAUCAUGGUUAAUAUUUUGAGUUUGUUUUAUUUUUGUAAUGCCGUUCAGGACCUGAAUAUGUCUUACUUCUGUAUGUAAAUAAACCAGUCUUUUACACAUUUGCUUUUAUGUUGCAGUAUCUGCUUCCAAAAUACUUACAUACUUAUAACAAUGUCAGAAAUCUAUAUUUGUUGCUGAGCUGUAAACAUAUCUUCACUAAAGAGCUAUAGUGUUUCAUUACUUUAUUGUAAGAUAAAUACACUAAGAAAGGUGCUGCGGAUUGUUAUUGUGAGCUUUUUUAUAAAGACCAGCUUUUUGCUUUUGCGACUUCUUAAUGUACAGUUACUAAUAAUAAUGUGCCUUAGCCCAAGAAUAUGUAUCUAUUAUUGUUUGUUGACUAACUGUGUAUUAAGGGUAAAUUCACAGAGCGAUUGCAACAUUUUGCAUGAUGUAGUGUAAAACCUUUUGUACCAAACUACCUGUCAUUUUAAUACAGAGCUAUUGUUUUAAAAUAAAGUGGCUUACUAAA